AUGAGUGAUAAAAUUUCUCAAGAGAUAUUUGACCUGAUUAAAUCAAGUAAUUUUAAACAAUGCAACGUUAAAAUUGCUCAAUUACGUAAACAAUAUCCUAAUUCGACCUAUUAUGAAGUUUUGGAAUUGUAUGUUAAAUAUAAACAUUCUCCUUCAAAGUUUGAUUAUAACGUAUUGAAUACCUUGUAUGGUCUUAAAGGUAGUCGGACUUCUAGUGAUAUUAAGGCAUUGGAAUUACUUCAUACAUUUUUUUUAGAAUUCAACAGAUUUGAAGAAGCAUUACAUGUUUACAAAAAGGCUAAUUUCAAGUACCCAUCUUUUGAAAUUGCCUAUUAUUGGUUUGAGAAAGCUUUGAAUGAUUUUAAUUUUAGACACUUAGGGAAAGCUUGCUUACAAUUAAUCAAGUAUGAUGAUCUAAAGUACAAUAGAUCCCGUGAUUAUCGUAUUUGGUAUGUAUUAUCCGUUUUAGCGUUAUUUAAAUUUAACAAGGCUCUACUUUCAGAUCAAGAAAUCAAAAUUUUACCACAAUUAGCAUAUAAGACUCUAAUCGCUGCUAAACCUUUCCAAUCGACAGAAGAAUGUGUAGUAUUUUGUGAUUUAUGUGAAACAUUAUUCUCAGAUGAUAAAGAGAAAUCAAAGGAGAUCGCUGAUUUAAUCUUACCAGAAUUGAAAACUUCAGUUGAUUUAUAUUUAAAGAAUUAUAUGUUGAAACAUCUGAAAGAUAAUAACUUAUUAUUUGAAAAUUGUCAAUUUUUAUUGAAAAGUAUCGAUGAUUAUGAUCUUAUUAAAAAAUUAAUUGUGUCAGGUAAACAACUAGAUAAGUCAAAAAAUGAAAUUAAAACGCUAAUUACUGACCUCGUCGGUGAUGGAAGAAAUUCUCGAUUAUCAGCCCUUGAAUUAGAUCUGGUCUUUGAUAAUUUAAUCUCUAAAGACUCCAUUACUUUUUAUCUAGAAAAAUUUCAUAAUAAACAAUGUUGUUACGUUGAUAUUAAAAGGUACUUAGAUAAAAUUGAUGUAUCAAUACUUCUUGAAAUAUUUCACUCAUUUAAUGAUUCUGAUCCAAUUCAUGACUCUAAUUUAUUUCAAUUAAAUAUUGUUGAAAUGGAUGCCAUUGAAUACUACAAUAAACAUAAGAAUACUUUGAAUACUAAACCAAAAACUGAUUAUUCUGCUUGUUCAAUUUUCAUUCUUGAUAUUAUUAAGUCAUGUUUAAUCAAGGAUGAUAUUACGUUAAAAGAUGUCAUUUUUUCAAUUUCAGUAUUAGAACAUUAUCAAAGGAAGGAUAUUCAUAAUUUUGAUACAAGGAUAUGGCUAAUUACAUUAUAUACAUACAUUGGCUGCAUUCCAUUAGCAUAUUUUCAUUUUAAUGAGUUAAAAAUUAAAAACGUUCAAAAUGAUACUCUGGAUCAUUUAUUAUACACCAGAUUUUCCUCUUUAUUUCCACAAAAAAGCCAUGAUUAUUACAAGACAUUAUUAAAUGUGGAAGAACUAUUUUAUGGUAUGUCAUUAGAUAGAAUACCUAGUUUAACUAGGAUCGCCUUUGAAAGAAGAGCAUACAGUAAAAUAUUGGGUAUGCUUGAAUUUUGGAUUAAUUUAGAAACAUCUUCUAUGAGGUGGUUAAAAAUUUCUGAAAUGAUACAAUUUGCUAGGUUAUGUAAUGAUAAAAGGGGUAAUUUAUUAACUGAGAUGCACAAAAAAUGGCUAAAGAUUGAGCAAAUUAAAUGCAAUAAUAGCAGCAUUAAACAGUGGUCUGAUAAUAGAGAUUUUGAUGUAUUCAGAUUAAAUAUGAAGGAAUUAUCUGGAAGGAAACCAAAAAUAUUUGAUUAUAUGGAUAUUGCCCCUGAUUUAAUUACUUUAAAUUGUGCCAAAGAGUUUAUUAUCGAGUCAAUUUCAACUGGUGAAAAAUCUGCCCAACUAGAAAAAAUUCUAAAUACAAUUGACUUAUCAAAAACUUUAAAUGAAUCUACUACAUCUGUUGAAAAAUGGUCAUUUGACAUAUUUUUUGAUAUUUAUAAUAAUAAUGGCGACAAUUUGCGUAAAUUAUUGAAUGAAAGUUCUCAAUUUGAAGAAAGUUUUACCAAGGGUACAUGGCUAAUGUCACAUACUUAUUUAACUCAAAUAUCUACAUUGAAAACAUUGGAUAACUUGAAGAGGAUAAAGGAUAAGAAUUCUAAACAACUGAUUAAGCAAAAGCUACGUGAUUUAAGAGAUAGAGUAGAUACUAUAUACAUCAAUUAUAGUAAAACUCUUAAUGUAUCAUAUGAAAACAUGAUAAAGGGUGAGAAAUACUCUUGUAUUUUGAAGCAAUUAAAUUUCCAAGAAUUCAGCAUGGAAGAUAUUUCAUCCUCAAUAUUGACUGUAAGAAAGACAGUCAAAAAUUUAUAA